UUCGGAAACGGCUCCAUUUUAAAAAUUUGAAUCGAACGGGUUCUUCAUCUUCCCCCUCCCAUUUUAUUAUUGCGCCUAUUCAGUCUCUCAAUCUUUGACUCUUGAGUCUUUACCAUGAGUGAGACACAGAGACUCUCAAUGGCUAUUGUUCCAUUCCAGGAACACAUACCCUCUUGUUCACCCCCCAAGUUCAACACUGAGAGGCCACUAAAGGAGAAGGAACAUGUUUUCAGGGACAAGUCUUCAUGUCUCAGAGAGAUAACCAACGUGGUCAAUGCUAAUACCAUGAAGUCUGAAAGUGACAAACUGAAGAGAUGUAAGAAAUCUACUGUAGAAAGCUUGUAUGAUACUUCCGAAGCUCAGUGUUCUGUUAUGGAGAGAGCGAAGAAGCUUGAAGCCAAUCUAGCACCGGCGUUCCCUAGAGUGGCCAAAGUUAUGCGCCCGUCAAAUGUCACUGGAUGCUUCUGUCUUAAUCUUCCUAAGAAAUUUUGCGGUGAUCAUUUGCCAAAGCAGGAUACAAUGAUUGUUUUAGAAGAUGAAAGUGGGAGAGAAUUCCAAACGAAAUAUCUUGUGGGAAAGGCUGGACUUAGUGCUGGAUGGAGAGGAUUUUCAAUUGCUCACAAGUUAUUGGCUGGAGAUGUUGUAGUUUUCCAGCGAGUUACUCCUUCCAAAUUUAAGGUGUAUAUUGUUCGAUCAAGUGGUUUAGAUGUGGCAGAUUGUGCUCUUGGCCUUGUUAAAUUAGAUGCUGGCAUCAGACAAAUGGAUACUGCAAACUUUACUGCAUGUGAAACUGCAAAAGUGUCCAUUCCUCGUGAACCUAUUCAAAAGAAGAACACCAUAGCCUGCAAUACCUCAUUGGCUCCAAUGUCAGAUCGCUCUGGAAAUGAUGGUGAAGAUUUUGGUUCUGAAGUUCUAGAUGGAAUUAGGCUUGCAGAGUCUGUUAUCCCUUUCAAAGAAGUGAAAGGCAUGGAAAACUUUGAUGUCAUUAUCAAUGGUUUGGUCCUAAAUUCUGAGUUUUCAAAGUACCAUUUGACCAAGUACUAUGAGCUCUGCUGCAGUCAAAGCUCAUUCCUUCAUAAGAAUAUUCUUGAGGGUCUUAACUUCAAACUGGUUGCUGGAAUAAUUUCUGAGACAAUCAAUAUUUCAGAUGCCAUUAGAGCCUGCAAGAUUACCACUUCAGAGUGUGAUUUUUUGACUUGGGAUAAGACUUUGCAAGCCUCUGAGACGUUAGGCAUGAAUGUUGGCUUCCUGCGUACCCGGCUAAACAAGCUUGCAAGCCUUGCUUCAGAAUCAAAACGAUAUAGUAAUCUUGAUGGAGGCCGAGCAGAAGGGGAAGUAAAGCUUUUGGGGAAAAAGGAGACCACAACUUGGUUUGAUUCUGAGAUUGAGACUCAUAAUUUGUUGUCUGAGAGGCUUAAAGCUAUGUUCGAAGAAGUGGCCAGGGCCCCUUGGUGAUGACAAACUUCAAUGCUGAGGCUACAUGAUGAAGAUUUUUGUGUCAUUUGUGUUUGGCAUUUUUGUAAAGGCUAUGCAUACCAGCAGUUUAGCUAUCCUGAUUCUGUGUCGAGUAUGUUAACUAUUGAAUAGAACUACGAACAGGGUAAUGGUAUCUCAGCUAA